AUGGCCACGGAACUGGCAAACAAGAAGGCGGAGCGCGAGGCUCUGCGCGGUGUCAUUCAGCAAUGGAACGCAAACAGGUUGGAUCUGUUUGAACUUUCGGAACCAAACGAGGAUUUAGAGUUCCACGGCGUGAUGAGAUUUUACUUUCAAGACAGUGGUCAGAAGGUUGCGACAAAAUGUAUCAGAGUAGCGUCGGAUGCGACGAGUCAAGCGGUUAUCGAGACGCUUAUCGAGAAAUUCCGUCCAGAUAUGCGAAUGCUUUCGGUUCCAGAAUACGCACUUUACGAAAUCCACGAGAAUGGUGAAGAACGUAAGCUCGGUCUUGAGGAGAAGCCACUGUUGGUGCAAUUAAACUGGCACAUUGACGACCGGGAGGGGCGCUUUCUGUUGAGAAGGAUCGACGACAAGACCAACGCUCAGGGCGUUGGUUUCUCAUCCUCGGAUGGCUCCAGCUUUCGCAGAAAGUUGAGCAAACGCGAGAAGAAGCAGAUGAAAAAGCAGGAGAAGCUGAGUCGUUUGAAGAGUUUGGAGCAAGACGAGAAUGCUGUACCCGUCGAUCAGAACGGGGUAGCCGAGAAGCUUUACACGGAGUUACCUGAAACAAGUUUUACCAGAAGUAUUUCAAAUCCAGAAGCUGUGAUGAGAAGGCGGCGUCAACAGAAAUUGGAGAGAAAGUUGCAACAAUUUCGUAGCAAAGAUGGCGGCCCCGACACCGGUGGAACAUUGAAGAUUUACGGCGAGGCGUUGUGCAAAGACGUACCGUACAAAACCUUGCUUUUAAGCGUUCGAGACUCGGCGGUUCAAGUGGUGCGAGAAAUGCUCACCAAGUAUGGCUUGGACAAGGUGGAUCCGCAACAGUAUUGUCUCGUACAAGUAAACAGCGAAAGUAACAUGAAUGGCGGAACGCAGCAGGAAUAUAUACUGGACGAUGACGAAUGUCCUUUAGCCAUUCUUAUGAAUCAUCCUUCUGCUCGCGGUACGAAGACGAGAGGUUGCCCUUUUCGCUGGAAUUGAACACCGAUGGGAACAACGAGGCAAUCGGGAACGGGGCCGGUGUACGGCAUCAUCGAUUGCAGCCAAAUGCAGGAGAAAUGGGCUCGGAGAGAUCGAUAUCUAUCCAUCCGUCGAGUCCGAGCAAAUCUACUACAAAGUCUGUUGCUGCGGCUGCCGUCGCAACUAACGUUUGCCAUACUGCUCGAAGCCCGACCACCCAUCCGCCGGAAUCGACGCACAAUUACGAGACAACGUUCGACCUCGAUGGUAACGUCGAGACUGCCAGUCUUACCAGCAGCAGGGAUGGGAACAGAACGCUGCAGAAUGAUCGACAGCCGCGCGGAAUGGACCCGAUAUUGCCAGCUGUGUUGGAAUUUCUCGAGGAGACGGAAGAGACUUUCUUUCACGCGGUGAUCACCGAUGUCGAGCCGUCGGCACCGCAGUUCAAAUUGGCACCGACGUACACGCUUUACUUGGCGGCUAGAUAUCGCGCGAGCACGCACUACAGGCCAGAGUUGCAGCCAACGGAGAGGGCUCACAGAUUGACCGUCAUGUUGGCAAACGUGGCCAGCAUGAUACAACGAGUGAUACAG